AUCGAUUAGUCAUCCUGCAUCACACAAGGAAGCGCCUUCAGACCACAGCUAGCCAAUAGCUGCGAUAACCAGCCGUCCGAAACGGAAUAGUCGACAGAAGUUUUCUUGACGAGACAUCCAGAGAUUUGUGAGCAGGCUCGUUUUAAGGCGCAGAUGCCACCGCAGGAGCCGGGGCUGCUGUCAUGUGAGCGUGUGCGGGGAGGCUGACCGGCUCGUUUCGGAAGCCGAUUCUUCCCCCCUCUGCCAAAUGAUCUCGGUGGGACUCGCUAGCUACGCCUUUAGCUCCUGUCAGCAUCAACUUGGUUGUCGGACACCCAGCUGGAGGUUUUGGCUUCAUUCUCGUCAGCUGUACAGUAAUGAUGAUGCCUAGUGCGGCGUCCCAGGACCCCUCACAGGGGGCAGGGGAACGGGGGGACCUGAUGCAAAUGUCCUCCAAGGAGACCCCUGGGUCCCCGGAUGCCUCUGAGUUGGGGAGCCCCCGGUCUGUCCCGAACUUUGACCUCCUCAACAUGGUCGUGUCCUACAAGAGAAUGGUGCUGUUUCUGGAGCCGGUUAUAGAUGCAGUGGAGCUGACCCGCUUCCUGCUUGGGUGGAAAAUGCCCCUGUGCUCUCUGCUUGUCUGUGUACUCCUCAAUAUCUUCUUCUUCACUGUCAGUGAAGUGGGCUGGUUCCUGGUGUGUGUGCUGGGGGUGUCUGUGCCUGCUGCCCUGGGUUACCUGCAGGACAGGUGUGGGGGCGGGGCCUCAGACGCUGAGCUCCAGAGGAGGCGCUAUCAUGCCGUUCACCGCAGAGACCUGCAGACAGUACAUCUCACCAAACAGGAGGCGAUGCUGGAAGUCAAAGACCUGUUAAAGCAGCUGGAUGACAUACUUUCUUCCGCCUGCCUGUCAGCAGAAUCUGUUUAUAAAGUCCUCUACUGGGAUAGUCACUCUAAGUCAUCUAGAUUCUAUGGGGGCUUGGUAAUAGUGAUGUGUCUCCUUUACACGGUUCCUGUUGGCUGGGUACUAGCUGGGCUCAACAGCGCCCUCUUCCUGUGGAACAGAGACUUCUGCAGAGUUGUGCUGGAUCUUAGAAGGCUGCUCUACUUGGGCCGGGCCCAGGCUUCAGAGGGAGAGAAAGCACACACGGAGCUGGACCAUAGCAGCUUGCCGGACAGGACCCCCACACCUACCAGUCUGGAGGACCUGACUCCUGGCAGUGUGGAGGAAGCUGAGGAGGCAGAGCCUGACGAUGAGUUUAAAGAUGCCAUCGAGGAGCACAAUCUUUCCCUGCAGGUGUUGCCUUCUGUUAAUUGGCUGCACGCUUUCAGCCGCAAGCGAGCGGAGAACAAGGAGGAUGACGACGGGCCUCUGGGAGUUCCAGACUAUGACACCGUCUCCGAAAACGGCCUCCUGAGUCGCAACGAACCAAUACGCGCCAAGGUGUCCAAGCUGACCGAGAAACUGCGUAAGCGCUACCCCACCGCCAGCACAGGCAACUGCUCCAACUGCAGUGCUGUCUUCUCAGUGCUGAAGAAAAGGAGGAAUUGCAGUAACUGUGGCAACAGCUUCUGUUCUCGAUGCUGUUCUUACAAGGUGCUAAGAUCCUGCAUGGGUGCAACAGCUCCAGAGGCGCAGAGAGAGACAGUCUUUGUUUGUGCUGCCUGUAAUUCCUCCCUCAUCAAGUUACAAUGAAACGGUGUGACAUCUGUCCAUCUUAUCUCCCAGUGGCCAGUGGGAGGCUGUUCACUGAUCGCCCCACACCCCUGGCUUCACCAGGCUCCUGCAACCUGUAUAAAUGCCUUGGUUUUCAAGUAAAGGCACUUAUGUCUGUCAAGAUAAUAUGUGUUCCUCUGUCCAAGACCCUUCACGACCUUUUCCAGCCGCAUUCCCCUUUACCUGCUUUUUGUGUUGUUGUACUGCGUGAAAAGACUGAAGGGACGUCAUUAUAUGUUACAAUAUAACCAUACCAUAACUCCAGCUUCCAGUCAUAUUGGAGAGCUGGACCUUCUGGAUGAAUGAGACUUACUACAGAGCACUGAUCACCUUUCUUGAGGUGGCUCCAAAAUUUAAGGACCUUGUUUUUUUUUCCCUUUGCUGAGCAGAGGAAAAUAAAAAGCAUGCUGGGUAGUGGCCAACAUCAGGUUGGUAGCGUCGCCUGUGGGCAAACAAGCCCACGGUGUGUGGAGUAUUCUGCUUUUACAUGCUUUACUCAUCCACUUCCAUAAAGCUGGUUCCACCUGAGUCUUGAUAUGUCGUAAACGGAUCCCUGUGUAGCAGUUUAAUUGUACUGUAAUGCUGAGACUGUUGUGCACAAGAAAAAAAAAGGAUUUGAUGUCACGGCAAACAUCAUAACCCAAAAAGUGGAUUCCUGAGGCAAAGUUUUUAUCAUGAUUCAGACACAGAUGAUUGUAGUUGUUUUCGCUAUGCUUUUUAUUUUAAUCAUAUAUAAAUUGUUACUGUAAAAUGUUCUACUGUAUCUAAUAUAUUUAAUUUAAAAAAAACCCUGAAAGUGAACAUUGACCUAAUUAUUAAUUCUGUAUAUUUUGCCCAGUUUAUGGUUGAAAUAUGCUGUCAUUGAAAUAAUAAACUAUCAUGAUUUCAUUAU